AUGUCAAGGCCGCAGGUCAUCGUAGUGAUAUGGUCAUUCACCUUGGAAGGCGACAUUGAACCUAAAGUCCUCCUUUCCUUGGAUUGUUUCGCUGUUGCCCUGCUGGUUGUGGAGGUAAGCUCGGGGCUGAUAUCCAAGGGUUGGAGAUUCUUCGAUGAUCUGGGAGGGAAGAUUGAUUUCGCCAUCGUCGUGAUUUCCCUUCUAGCAAUCGGACUCUACUUUGGCUUCACUGCUGACAAAGACCAGGACAUGUGGCGGAGCGGAAAGCUGGAGGACAGGUCGUCUGAGGUUGGUUUGACGUUUUCUCAUUCUUUGAAGUUAAUCCGAGCUGGAGAAAGUUUUGUUGUUCAUGGUGAUGAAUAA